CCUGUUCUCCACUGCACGCGCCAGACCAGCCCUUUAUAAAUAUAAGCCCCACUGGGUACCGUUUGCGUUUUCAACCGUUGGACAAGGAGGGCAUCAUUUGCAUCUCAAGACUGUUUUAACGUCGCUUCACUUCUUUCAGAUACAGCAACAUAGCACCAUGUCAGGAAUGAUCGUCAAGCUCAGCCGCGGCAUGAGCCGUGCUGCCCCUGUUCUAAGCCGCGGUGUCCACUCUGGUAAACGCUCAGCCUCCACCGCUGCCUUCAAAUUGAGAAUGGAGCGUCCACUCACCCCAGAGGAAAUCUAUGCCCGUGAGGACAAACAUGGAGCACACAACUACCAUCCCCUUCCUGUAGCCUUAGAGAGAGGGCAAGGCAUCUAUGUAUGGGAUGUUGAAGGAAACCGCUACUAUGAUUUCCUGAGUGCUUACAGCGCAGUAAACCAGGGUCACUGUCACCCAAAGAUUGUUUCUGCACUCACAGCCCAGGCAUCAAAACUCACCCUGACAUCCAGAGCAUUCUACAAUGAUGUGCUGGGAGCUUAUGAGGAGUACGUCACCAGCAUGUUUGGCUAUGAUAAGGUCUUGCCUAUGAACACAGGUGUCGAAGGUGGGGAGACUGCCUGUAAACUUGCUCGCAAGUGGGCUUACAAUGUCAAGGGUGUUCCCAAGAACAAGGCAAAGAUAAUUUUUGCAGAGGGAAACUUCUGGGGCCGCACCAUGGCAGCCAUCUCCAGCUCCAAUGACCCCAGUAGUUAUGAAGGUUUUGGCCCCUACAUGCCAGGCUUUGAGAACGUCCUGUACAAUGACACUGCUGCACUGGAGAAAGCUCUUCAAGACCCAAAUGUUGCAGCUUUCAUGGUGGAACCCAUCCAGGGUGAGGCUGGGGUGGUGGUGCCUGACCAGGGCUACCUAACUAAAGUUCGAGAACUUUGCACCAAACAUAACGUGUUGUGGAUUGCUGAUGAAGUUCAAACAGGUCUGGCAAGAACUGGCAGGCGGUUGGCUGUGGACCAUGAAGAAGUCCGUCCAGAUCUUGUGAUUCUGGGCAAAGCUCUUUCUGGAGGAACUUAUCCUGUAUCUGCUGUGCUGUGUGAUGAUGAGAUUAUGCUGACCAUCAAGCCUGGAGAGCACGGGUCCACGUAUGGAGGAAACCCGGUGGCGUGUCAGGUUGCAAUGGCCGCACUAGAGGUGAUGGAGGAGGAGAAGUUGGCAGAAAAUGCUCAAAGGAUGGGAGAGAUCCUGCGGGCGGAACUGAGGAAACUCCCCAAAGAUAUUGUGACCACAGUCAGAGGGAAAGGCCUGCUGAAUGCAAUCGUUAUCAAAGAGACCAAAGACUAUGACGCCUGGAAGGUUUGCCUGCGCCUUCGAGACAAUGGACUGCUUGCAAAGCCCACCCAUGGUGACAUCAUCCGUCUAGCCCCUCCCCUUGUCAUCAAAGAGGACGAGCUACAUGAGUGUGUCGACAUCAUCCAGAAAACCAUCCUGUCCUUCUGAACAACCACUGUUACAUACUCCAAAAAUACACAAAAAAACCUGCAAACUAAAAGUCAACAUUGGCCAAAGCUACUGACAAAAAAAUCACCCAGCACAUUUAUUAGUUGUUUUAAUGUAUUAGUUUUUCAAAGAUGGAGGUUCUUUGGAGGUUUUACUGUGGAAAUGCUGUGUAAAGACUGAGAAGUGUGCCUCUAUGAGGCUACACUGCAACUAUUUUACAGGGAAAACUGCAGUAAAGGAAAAUGCUGCAACAAGAAGACUUCAUAACAAGUGGGAAAACUUAAAUGUUUGGUCCAACGCCAACAUAAUUAAUCUAAAAAGGGUUGAUUCACAUAUUUGCUGGUUAUUGUUGAUGUAAAUAAUUAAUGUAAUAUCUUUAAAUAUUCUUUUGGUUUUUAAAAUGUUUAGUUCUUACCAGUGAUGUGUUUUCCAAAGUUACAACUUGAUUUAGACUCUUUUCUAUCUAAGAGACUGCUGUUGGGAGUACUAAAACCAAGGUCAGAAAGAACCAGUUAGUGUUGCAUUUAAGGUCAGCUGGUCUAGGUAUUUCUAACCAAGAAUCAGAUUUCUACACAUCUUAAAGCUUGAAAUAUACCUGUAUGAAUUUCAGGUUUUGAAUGUUUUUCCUAGAGACUUUUAAAGUAUCUUAACACGCUUAUACUUUAAAAAUGUUUAAUUUCCUGUUCACAUUUUAGUGCUUUCACUUGAAUCUAACAUUUAUUUUAAUGUUACUGUGAAAGAAAUUAUUUCUUGAUCUUGAAUUCUGUUCUAGAACUGAUGUAUUUUCUCUUUUUGAUAUUUAAAAUGAUUAUUUUAUUCUAUUGAAUUUGGUGUAUUUUAUUUCUACAAGGAACUUGCUGUAAGGGAAUUCAUGAGUGCUGGAUGGCUGAGAUGGUUCAAAAUGGUAACAGUAUCUGUAUAUUGUUGAACUUUUUGAAGAAUGUUUUAUCUGUUGGAUAGAAAUGCUAAUAUUGUCUUUUCAAAGGCACUUUGACCUUUUAUGUUGUUACAUAAUCCUUUAUUCCAUUAAUAAAUUAUUGCAGGUCUUA